AGCGAAACAAGAUUGGGAGCCCGACCGCCCCCUCGUUCCACUGACAACGUAUACCUUCCUUUCGAGAGUGGAUACAUCAAUUUCAAAUACGCUCCAGAGAGAAGAGGAGAAAGAAUGACUCCCAGUUGUGUUUCCUCCGUUGCCUCACUCUCUAUCGGCAGUUUGUGUUAUAAGAAAUCCUCCAGCGUGCCAAUGGUGGGCUUCCUCUCUUGCAUCUCCAAAGUCCCAAACUCAUUCACCUUCACUCAGUGGAAUUUCAGCUCCUUUUCAAUUCCUUCCCUUAGGAGAACAUCUACAUCUUCCUUCCAAGGUAUCAGCCAUUGCACUCUUCCAGUACGUUCCCAUCCUUUCCAUGGGCGGAGAUGGAGGGUCUUGCUUGCCAAGAAUAUCCCGAUAUGGAAAACUUGCAAGGGAUUUAGUCUAUUCAUUUCGGGGGCUGCACUGUGAACAUAAGCUGACCCAAAAAUCGGUGAGGUCUGUUGCGAAUCCUGCAGAGGCUGUUGCAGGGUUUGAUGAGAUGGCUGCUGGAACUCAGCGGAAAUAUUACAUGCUAGGUGGUAAAGGAGGUGUUGGAAAGACAAGUUGUGCUGCAUCCCUUGCUGUUAAAUUUGCAAAUCAUGGGCAUCCUACCAUCGUAGUCUCAACCGAUCCUGCACAUUCUUUGAGUGAUUCUUUUGACCAGGAUUUGAGUGGUGGAAUGCUGGUCCCAGUUGAUGGAUUGGAAUCUCCACUGUUUGCUCUUGAGAUCAAUCCUGAGAAGGCUAGGGAAGAGUUUCGUAGCUCGAGUCAAAAAAAUGGAGGGACUGGAGUCAAAGACUUCAUGGACAGCAUGGGCCUUGGUAUGUUUGUUGAGCAGUUGGGAGAACUGAAACUUGGAGAGUUGCUGGACACACCCCCUCCUGGGCUGGAUGAAGCUAUCGCAAUUUCCAAGGUUUUGCAAUUUGUUGAAGCACAGGAAUAUAAUAUGUUUAGCCGUAUUGUCUUUGAUACUGCCCCCACGGGUCACACUCUUCGGCUUUUGUCUCUGCCAGACUUCUUGGAUGCAUCCAUAGGCAAGAUCUUGAAGCUAAAGAAGAAGUUAACUUCAGCAACAUCGGCCAUCAAAUCUGUAUUCGGGCAAGAAGAUACUCAGCAGGAUGCUUCUGACAAAUUAGAGAAACUAAGAGAGAGGAUGGUAAAAGUCCGGGAGCUUUUCCGUGAUGCAGAUUCAACUGAGUUCAUCAUAGUUACAAUCCCUACAAAUGAGAAAGUUUACGGAGUGAUCGUUGACGGGGACAACUAUGAAAAUGUCAUCUCUGAAGAAGUCAUGGCAGUCAGCGAAUCAUCAAGGUUAUGUGGUUCCUUGAAGAAAGAGAGUGUUCCUGUCAGGAGGCUUAUCAUUAAUCAGGUUCUACCACCAUCUUCAUCAGACUGCAAGUUUUGUGCUAUGAAAAGGAAGGAUCAAAUGCGUGCCCUGAAUAUGAUCCAGAAUGAUUCAGAACUCAUGGGCUUGAAAAUAAUCCAGGCGCCACUAGUUGAUGUAGAGAUCCGAGGUGUUCCUGCUUUAAAAUUCAUGGGUGAGAUGGCAUGGAAGUAAUUGAUAUAUCAUAUCCUUGUCAUGAGGUAAUCCUUUGUCCAAGAAGAUGCAAUCCACACACAUGCAGGCACACACUUAGAGAGAGAGAGAGAGAGAGAGAGAGAGAGAGAGAGAGGUAAUCCUUUCUGUCCAAGAAGAUGCAAUCCACACACAUGCAGGCACACACUUAAUUAGAGGGAAGGAUGGGUAUGAUACAGCCAUUGUGUAUCUAUAUCAGACUUUAUCAGUCAAGUUAGUCUAAGAAAAUAAUUACAGAAAAAAAGGAAGAAAGAGAGAUGUUUAAGAUUUUUUUUUUUUCCCUGUUUUGAACAUGUAUUAAAUAAUUCUGAUUUACUCUGUCACCAGCAAGGAUAUUUACGCUUUCCCAAUUGGCUCAUAA